AUGGCGCGUCUCGGCCGCGUCGGGUUCCUCGCCCUCGCGGUGGUCUUCCACCUGAUCUAUACGUAUUCGAUCUUCGACAUCUACUUCGUGAGCCCCAUUGUAAGUGGCAUGCGCUCAUAUGGGGUCAACCGCCCGACCGAUACGCCAGCUCCCGCCCAACGCCUCAUCCUCUUCGUUGCCGACGGCCUACGCGCAGACAAGGCCUUCCAGGCCUUUCCCGAUCCCGCCCCGGCCGCGCAGUCCGACGAAUUGAUUCGCCUGGCGCCCUUUAUUCGCGACAAUGUCCUCGAGCAUGGUACAUUUGGAGUCUCGCAUACCCGUGUCCCUACUGAGUCCCGGCCCGGUCAUGUUGCUCUCAUCGCGGGUCUGUACGAGGAUGUCUCGUCUGUGACCACAGGCUGGAAGCUGAACCCUGUCAACUUUGAUAGCGUGUUCAAUCGCAGUCGGCAUACAUGGAGCUGGGGCAGAGGGGCUGUUCCGGGCCGCGUGGACGCGGAGAUGUAUGCGGAGGAGGCGGAGGAUUUCAGUGUCGAUGCGACGCAUCUGGAUACCUGGGUUUUUGACAAAGUUCACGAGCUGUUUGAGUCAGCUAAGAAUGACCCGGAGCUGGAUGGCAAGCUGCGCCAGGACAAGCUGGUGUUCUUCCUGCAUCUGCUGGGCUUGGAUACCACUGGUCACGCUUUCAGACCUUAUUCCAAGGAGUACCUCAACAACAUUAAGAUUGUGGAUAAGGGUGUACAGGCGGUUACUAAGUUGGUGGAGGAUUUCUAUGCCGACGAUAAAACCGCUUUCGUUUUCACUGCAGAUCACGGUAUGAGCGAUCUGGGCAGUCACGGCGAUGGACACCCGGAUAACACCCGCACUCCCUUGGUCGUCUGGGGCUCGGGCGUGGCACAGCCGCAGAAGACUACGAAUGGCAUUGCACCCGGACACGAGGAUGGCUUUUCGUCGGAUUGGGGAUUCGACCAAAUUGAACGCCACGAUGUCGCACAAGCCGAUAUUGCUGCACUCAUGGCCUACCUGGUUGGCGUUGAUUAUCCCGUCAACUCUGUUGGCCAAUUACCUCUGGAUUAUCUCAAUGCCAAUCCCAAGGAAAAGGCAAUGGCUGCAUUGGCGAACACGCGCGGUGUUCUGGAGAUGUAUCGUGUGAAGGAGGAGCAGAAGAGAACAGCGGUUAUCCGCUAUGUGCCGUUUGAGCCGUUGUCGGGUGACGGCGAGACCUCUAUUGAAGGCCGUUUCGCUAAUCUAGAGGCGCUCAUCUUCAACGGGGCCUAUGAGGAGUCCAUUGUUCUGUCCUCGGAACUGCUGGUUGUAGGCCUUGAGGGCUUGCGCUAUCUGCAGACGUAUGACUGGUUGUUCUUGCGGACUACUGUCUCACUGGGAUACCUGGGCUGGAUUGCCUAUGCGUUGACCACAGUGAUUGACCUGCACGUCUUGCAUGGAACUUCAGAUUCCCACCGGACGGUGGCGAGUAUUUCUUUCUUUUCUUCCAUCUUAGUGGCUCUUUUCUCUGUUUUCCUUUAUCAGGGAUCGUCAUGGCGGUACUACUUCUACGGAUUCUUCCCUGUAUAUUUCUGGGAAGAAGUUUUUGCUCGUCGCAAGGCUCUCAUUGCUGGACGCCAAAUCAUUCUGGGUCAUGUUCAUUCCUUUUCCGGAUAUAUCAGCUUUGGAAUACAGCUCCUGGCAUUCCUCGGUGUGCUGGAGGCACUGGUUCAAUCCUACUUCCACCGAGAGAUCCUCACCGUCUGCUUUGGCUUGGGUGCUCUGUGGCCUCUAGCCUAUGGUCUCAGCUUCGUCCGCAACCAUGCAUUCUUGACGGCGACAUGGGCCCUUGGCUGCUGUCUCAUGAGCACUUUUACUUUGCUACCAGUCGUUAAGAUGGAGGAUCUUACUAGCAUUACCUAUGGUGGUCUUCUCAUGUUCCUCACUGGAAUAUUGUAUCUGCUCUUUGAGGAUGCCAUCAUUGGCCACAGCUCCACAAAGAGCGCUGGCACCUUCAAUAGCUUUGGAUCUCGGGUUGGUAUGGUGCUGCUCGCAUUGGUCGUCACCCGAUCAAGCGUUGCCUCUCUCCAAGCCCGCGAGGGAUUGCCAUUCGGCAACCAAGUGGUUGGCUGGUUUGUUUUGACGGCCUCGCUCUCGCUGCCAUUCUUCCACCGACAAUACCCCAACAGCCACUAUUUGCAUCGUCUCAUGGUCAUCUUCCUGACCUUCUCACCCACAUUCAUCAUCCUCGCCAUCUCAUGGGAAGGCUUGUUCUACUUCAUGUUCUGCAUGACCCUCGUAACAUGGGUCCGACUCGAGCACGCCAUUUACGUGCACACCAGCUCGACAACAAGCGAAUCCAACGGCUCCGCCACAUCAAAGCCAACAACCAGCACAACAACCGUCGGCGGCCGAACAUACCAUUACCGCGCCCUGACGCUCUCCGACACCCGCGUCGCCCUAUUCUUCUUCUUCCUCCUACAAUCCGCCUUCUUCAGUACCGGAAAUGUCGCCUCUAUCUCCACCUUCUCACUUGACAGCGUCCGCCGUCUCAUCCCCGUCUUCAACCCCUUCAGCCAAGGCGCCCUCCUCAUCCUUCAAAUCCUGAUCCCCUUCGCCAUCAUCAGCGCCAACCUAGGCAUCCUCAACCGUAGACUCGAAGUCCCGCCUAGCGCGCUUUUCAUGGUCGUCAUGUCCAUCUCCGACGUGAUGACGCUGAACUUUUUCUACAUGGUUCGCGACGAGGGCUCCUGGCUCGAUAUUGGUAUGACGAUUAGUCACUUCUGUAUCGCUAGUGCGCUAUGCAUCUUCGUUGCCGGGCUGGAGUUCCUUAGUGAGCAGUUCGUCAGUGGCGUGGAGUUUGGGCCAGCGCUGGAGUCGGUUGAGCGAGUUAUUAGUGAGGCUGUGGAGUGCGGGCAUGAGAAGAAAGAGGAGAGUGCUAAGAUUGCUUCUUCGCCUGCGAAGAGCAGUAAGAAGAAUCGUCGCGGUGCCAAGGGGAAGUAA